UGUUCACUCGGGUUUUAACGGAUAUGGCGACACCUGUUUGGGGAUGGGAUGUGCAUUCAACCACUCUUUGUACUCAUGAGCCAGGAGUGAUAGAAGCUGAGUUUGCCAAGAUAGGUACUGCAAGAGUUAUGAAGGAAUUUCUAACAUAUCGCAAUCCUGGUCCACUUUUCCUGCCUAAAGACAAAAUGUUUGGACAUCCCCUAGAUGCUCCAAUCGUCUUGCCGAGUUGGUUGUCUGAGGAUGAAGUCAACUACUAUGCCAGCAAAUUUGAGAAGACAGGAUUCACUGGGGGAAUAAACUACUACAGAAACUUGGACCUAAAUUGGGAACUCACUGCUGCAUGGACUGGGGCUCAAGUGAAAGUUCCAGUUAAGUUUAUUGUGGGGGACCAGGACCUAACUUAUAAUUCUGUGGGCAUCAAGGACUUCAUACACAAAGGUGGGUUCAAGAAAUAUGUGCCUCUUCUGGAAGAGGUAGUUGUAAUGGAAGGAGUUGCCCAUUUUAUCAACCAAGAAAGGCCUGAUGAAAUCAACAAACACAUUCAUGACUUCAUCGCAAAAUUUCACUAAUUAGCUGUCUAUAUAUGUAUGUAUUUUGUAUGCUGCUGCUGCUGUUUCAAACUUUCUAUUAUGCAUUUCUCGAUCGCAUGACUUUAAAGUGCUUUUGUGUGACUUUGAAGUGUUGUGCUUU